AAAGCAGCCAAUAAUCAAGUCUCGCGACGCUGGGGCUGUCUUGUUUUGAUAAAAAUGAAAAUAAACAGACAAUUGGAUUUAGAUCAUUGUCUUGCCAUAUGUCAUUAAAUAAUGAUUGCAGUACCCAGUGAAGCCUCUGCAUUCUUGGGAGCAGUAGGUGCAUUCUUGGUUUUGCUUGUUAUCUUUUAUUUAUAUCUGAGUAAGAAGUUAUGCUUCACUACUAUUGGAGGAUUUCCUUGUUGCGAUAAACCCUUGAAUGAUCAUCGAGAACCAGUAUCAAAAGAUUUAGGUAAUGCUUUUCAAUAUGAAGAAGUGGAUUCCUCUACAGAUAGUGAAGAUGAAGUGUUGCAAAGAUUUCAGCAGUCUUCCAGCCUAUAUAAUGGUUUACGUAAAAUAAGUGGAGAUCAUGUAGAUCAAAUUGGAGAUAAUCUGACUGAAGGACAUGACAUCCAUAGAAGUGUGUUUUCAAACAAUCUGGCUGCUGCUUGCAAUGGAGCUUCAUCACAUUUGAAGAUAAGUGAGACCAGUAAGAGAGGAAGUCAUGAUCCCAUUUCCUUACUGGAGAAAGGCGGAGUUGCAAAAUCAGGAAGUACUGCUUCCUUUUCCACUGAAGGCAGUGAGAGUGAAGAUACUCAAGAUGAUGGACAGGCAAUAAUACAACCUCUUUUAGACAGCAGGACUACUCAGCAUUAUGAAAAUAGUGCCUUCCAAACAGCUGAUGACUCUCCAGCUGCAUCAAAUGACACAUUUUCUGCUUGCGGGGAUUCAGUAAUGGAAGAUCAGAUUUUUGAUGCUACUGAGUUGCAUUGCAAUGUAGAAGAAACAAGUAGUGCUGUACGUUGUGGUUCAUUGGAGGUUGGGUUUGCGUAUGAUCCUCCUUUGCGGAAAAUGACAGUUCAUGUGUUGCAAGCACAAGAUCUGCCUGAUCGAGAUAGAGGAGGCUCAAAUCAUGUUCAGGUGCGGCUUCUUCUUUUGCCUCAUAAACGGCAGAAAUUUAAAACAAAAAUCAGAACAGGGAGCAAGCCACAGUUUAAUGAAAGCUUUAUUUUCAAUCGAAUAUCACCUGAAGAGUUAACUAGUAUGGGAGUAAGAUUCAGAUUAAAUGGCUGUGAACGUAUGAGACGAGAACAUUUGAUUGGUGAAUGCAUUGUACCAUUUUCAUCUAUUCGCAUGGACCAACAAACAACCUUGUGGUUGACUCUUGAACCAAGGUCAAAUAUUGCACAUUCUGAUUCCAAAGCUGAUAUUACUAGUCUUGCCAGAAGUGACAGUACAGGAUCGACACAGUCGAUGCAGCAUGGUGGAAUGCCCGAACUGUUAAUCGGCUUAGCAUACAAUGGAACAACUGGACGUCUAUCUGUUGAAAUCAAUAAAGGCAGCCAUUUUCGCAAUGCAUCUAUGAAUAGAGCUCCAGAUACCUAUGUGAAACUAUCUUUGGUAUCAUCAAAUGGUCAAGAAAUCGCUCGAAGUAAAACAUCUGUUCGAAGAGGACAACCAAAUCCACUUUUCAAGGAAACUUUCAUAUUUCAAGUGGCACUAUUCCAGCUUCCAGAUGUCACCUUGAUGAUAUCUGUUUAUAACAAGCGAAGCAUGAAACGCAAAGAGAUGAUUGGAUGGUUUUCAUUGGGACUGAACAGCAGUGGGGAUGAAGAACUAGCUCAUUGGAAUGACAUGCGAGAAAAUAAGGGUGAACAAGUUUGCCGUUGGCAUGCCCUUGUGGAAACUUAAUGAGCAGUAAUGCAGUUUUUUCUCCAAAAAAUUUUUUCUUACACCCUACUGACAGGUUUUUGAGCCUUAGAAAGGGUUCAACCUGUUUAUUGUGUCUUGAUGUUGAAGGGCACUUGAAGUUUUCUGCCGUGAAGGCAUGUCACCUGGCCUACCAUUUUCAAGCAGAACCUUCCCUCUUGUGUGCUUUCAAACACCACCAUCGAUAUCUUCUGCUGUCUUGGCACUCUGUACUCUCUACCCAAAUGAUGUCAGGCCUUUCUCCCUGACUCUGUUUUGUAUGAAAUUGGAGAAUUAUUAUCUCUUUUAUGCCUGAUCUUUCCUUACCUGCCAUUAAGUUUCCAUUUGUGUGGUAUGCACUUGUUAAUAUGCAGGCUGCUACAGAAAACUUAUGCUUAGUAUAGUCUGCUAUUUUGAUUAAUGUGCUGCAAGUCUUCUUUUGAUUGGAGGAAAGCUGGAUUUCUUAUUUUUUUCUCCUUUCCACAAAAUUUUUACUAUUAUUAUUGAAUUAAAAAUAAUUUAAUAAAUUAAACAUGCAUUUAUGGAAAAGAAAAAUGCUACUAAAUACAAAAAAUUAAGAUUUUUUUAAUAUAUAUAUAAGCCAAUUGUAAAUUUACAAUGCAUGAAAAAAAAUGUCACUUAAUUUUAUAUGUACCUCAAUGAGAUUUAUAACAUUUUUGUAGUUAAUUUCGGCAAACUUUUGCGUUUAUUCAUUUCCCUCCCCAAUAAUUGCAUGAAACUUUCUAUAUAAAUAACACAUAAUUCUCAUUUCCACCCCUCUUAAGUAUAAGCUUAUUUAACUACAUUCAUUUAAAAAAAGUUAUUCUGUAUUUUCUGCCACACAAUAUUUAAAGGUAAUAUGAUGCUUUACUCUCAAAUUAGUACUCAUUUUUCUUCAAAUGAAGACAUACAUUUUAAGGGUAAGUAUCUUAUUUGAAAUAUUAUAAGAAAGUUAUGAACUAUUCAAAAUUUAACAGAUGAUUAAAUUUAUCAAUAUAAUUUUUAUCUGUACACAUAAAAUAUUUGAAAUUAUAUCAUUGUUGAAAUAAUAAAUAUUUGUGAAUUAUUAUUAUUUCUUAAAUUCAAAAGUAACAAAUCUUGUAUAUGAUUGCAGAUAUUCUUAAUUUCACCUAAUCUCUUCAGUGUAAAUUCAUCAGUGGAUCAUUGGACCAAUUACAAUUAUUCUAUAUGCAAAAGAUUCUACUGAUGUUCUUUUAGUUUUUCAUUUUGGCAGCGUAUCUAGAUUUAUAUGUAUUAUUUUCUGUAUAUAAGUUUUUUUUAAUAGUAAGAUAUUAUUCAAUACUUAUUGUAAAUAGAUGCUAAGCAAAUAAUUUAUGUUAUAGAAGUUAGGUAAGUUAUUAUCAUUCACAUCUGUUUUGACAGAAGCAUUUUUAGAUGUUGAGAUAAAAGUAUUUUACGACUUUUUUCUUUUUACGAUUCCAUUGAAUGGAUGUUUUUUGAAAAUAUAAUAUUCAUUAUAAAGUAGCCUUAAUUCUUUUUAGUAUAAAAAGUUUUUUUUUAUUAAAUGCUUGGUUUUACUUGAAUGUUAAAACAUGAUUCCCUUAUCAUAUUUUUAGUUUCAAAUCUGUUAGUCAAAAUAAUGAAAUUGUUCCUUUGAUAAUCGCAGGGAAAAGUCGUUUUUGUUGCUUUUAGAAAAAUAUAGAAUAGUAUCACAUUUUUUAGCUGCGUAGUAGUUUGUAUGUAGAAAAUAUACCAUCUUUCUCAUGGAUUUAAUGCAUACUUUUUACAGUGAUUAAAAGCUUUGCUAUGUUUGUGUAUGUUUACAUAGGAAUUGUAUAGAAUUAAUGUACUUAUUCAAAUACUGUUAUAUAAUUUUCAUUUAUUCAUUGUACUCUUAAUGUAAAGCUGAUUAAGUCUUAAUCGCUGUGUUACCUUUUAAGCUAACAUGUUCUGUACUGCUGUAUGGCAUUAUGAUGUAUGGGAAUUUAAGAUCCCUUAUGCAUAUGUGAUAUGCAUUAGAAUGUUAAAAUAUUUACCAUGUUGUAUUAAAGAGAGAAUUUAAAGUUUACCACCAUUAAUUUUCUCCACUUUAUAUGUGUAAAAGAAAGAAAGAAAAGAAAAAAAAAAAAAACCUUAAGAGAAUUUGAAGUUAGAGCCAUAUGAACAAUUAUAAGUAUUCUAUCAAUGAAUCUAAACAUUUAAGUUUAAAAGGGGAGGGGGUUCUUAUAUUAAUAAUUUAGUAAACUGCACUAAUAGGUAACUACAGGCAAAUUAGUAAAUAUUUCUAGUGCAUUAUUAAAUCACUUAAAAAUAUGCACAAUACAAAUACUGACUUACUACUAAUUCACAUAAUUCCACCCUCUUUCAAAAUUUGUUUCCAUUCGUGGUUAGAUUUAAUUUUCAAAUUUAUUCAAUGAUAGUUUCUAUCAUUUAUUGUAUAUUUAAUCAAAAUUAAAAAGAUGCAAGUGCAGAAAAUUAAUGGCAAAAUUUAUUUUUUUGAAUUGUAAAAGGAGAAUUUAUCUAUUUCAUCUUGCAACAGAAUUUUGAAAUUGUGCAUAUAUCAUCAAAAAAUGUUAAAUUUUGACUCCCUGUAGUUAAUUACAGUCACAACCAUUUUUUGAAAAGCCCAUGUAUUAUAUCAUCUCUUAAUGCUGAAGAAUUAUUUUUAAUUAUAGAAAUUUCACAGAACAGUGCAUUCCUGUGGUUUCGAAUUAUUUUAAUAAUAAUAAAGAAGUGAGAUUCCUCUGUGUUUAAUUAUAACAUUAUAUAAUUGAUUCAAAGUUUGAUUUUUGAAUUCAUUAAUUUCAGUAUUGCUCUGCAAUUAUAAAUAACAGAAUUCCUAACAUUGUUAAAAGGAUUUUGUAUGAUUUAAAAAAAAAGAAAAAGAUAAAUAUUACCAAUUAAAAGAGUGCCGAAAUGAACAUUGUUUCAAAUAUCCAUGAUGUUUAUCUCAAAAUUCUUUAAUUAUGUUGUUGAAAUUAUUCAUUACAUUGUUCUCAGUUUUCAAAAUUUCACAAUGUGCAAGAAGUAUUGUAAAAGGAAAAAGAUUCAAAUAAAAUGAAUCUGUGACAGAUAAAUAAAUUUUAUCGACUUGUAAAAGAAUCUUUAAUUAUGAGAAAUCACAACAAAAAUUAGAAAAUUUUAAAUUUAUAUUAAACUCAAGGUUCAACUCAAGGUUCUGAAGAAGGAAUUUAAAAAAUCUUUAUUAAUCAAAAAACUGAACUUUUUAAAUUUGGUAUUGGAGUGCAUGUACUUAAGUAUUAGUGCUGUAAAUGCUUAUGAUUUUUUUUUUUUAAAGUAACAGAAUUAUGCUCUGGCCAGAAUUUUUUUUUUCAUUAUAGAAUUUAUAGGUAUUAGCUAUUGUUUAGAAUAGUUUUCUUGAAAAAAUAUUUUGGCAUUUUUUUAAAAUUAAUUCAUUAAUAAUAAAGAAUUCUUUAAAAACUUAGGUAGCCAAAAUAAUAAACUCUCAUUUCUAAAGACCUAUUUUUAUAUUCAAUCUUCUUUCAUAUGUGAAAUUUGUAUUAUUUUUAAAUCAAUUAUAGCUCAUCAUUAUAGUUAAUGAGUUAGAUUUAAAAUUUUAUUUUCAAUACAUCAGCAACUUAAUAAUUGAAUUGGAAUUUCCAGAAUCAAAUAUAAACCACUAGAUGCAUUUUUGCUGUCAAUCUUAACUUGUCUUCCAAAAAUUGCUCACUUAGAAAAUUAUUCAUAGAAAAAACCUUGCAUUAAAUCUGAAUCAUUUCUUUUAAGUGAGGAACAUAUAGUCAGAGUCAGAUUAAAUUCUACAAGUGACCUUUAGAACAAUGCAAUAUUUGAGGUUUCCUUUUCCUCUAUCCAACUUCAAAAACCUGAUAUUUUGAUUUAAGCAGUUAUUAAGUAUAAGACGUUAAUCAUAAUUAUUAUGACAAUCGGAAGUAACAAAACACGUAAUUGGUGGUGCCACUUUUGAGAAAGUUGAUUCCGGUAUCAUAUGUAGUUUUUUCCCCCUUUGUAAUUUUAAAAGCAAAAUCGUAAAAUUUUUUUUAACAUGGUCUAAAUAUUCUAGUGCAAAUUUGUAAAUAAAAUAAAAAUAAUAUUUCAAAAAUUUAAAUGAUAUUUGAUUUUAACUUGAAUUAACUUCCUGUUUACAACUGCAGAGAAUUAAAUGAAAAUGCAAAAUAUUCUAAGAAAUUAUUUGAAAUAAUAAUUUGUUUCUUAAUUUAGUACUGAGUAUUAAUUUUAUUCCUUUUUUCUAUCUUAAAAUUAUUAAAAAAUUGGGAAAAAUAUGCUUUUGAAAUUGAAUAUAGUUCUGAUUUUAUUUUGGAUUAGUUAACAGCUUAAAUUCUUUUUAAAAAAUCUUAAUGCAUAGUUAUAAAUAGUUUCUUUUAUUGAUAAUUGAAAUUUUUUCCCCCUUUUGUUAUAAUUUUAAUCAUUCUGAAUAAAUAUAUUUCAGUGAAAACUGAAGUGUAUUGCUAUUUGACAGGGUACAACAUUUCAAUGAUAAUCUACUAAGAAAAAUAAAUUUUUAAAACAGGAUUUUGGAGAAUUCAUGUUAUUUUUAAAGGGAUAAAUUGUUAUUUUGGACUUCCAUUGAAAAAGAUAUUCAAGAAUACCUUUUAUUUUGGUAAUAUACAAAGUAAAAAUUUUAAAGUUAAGUUUUAUAGUAAAUGUAACAACAGUUUUAAAAAAAUGUCAAGAAUGCUAGCAGUUGCAUUAGAAACUGUUGAUGACAAUAGAAUUAUUUUAAAAAUUAGACUUUUCCACAUAAGUGUGAAUCAAAUAUGAAAACUAUAAUGAGAUUAUUUGUUUUUUUAUGUACAGUAACAAAUUUUAUGUGUAUUUUUUACACUUUGCUAUAUUUACAUAAUUGGUAGCAGAUGUACCACAAUAAUAUAUAAGUAAAAUAUUUAUUGAAAUGAUAAAACAAGCACCAAUUUUGCCUUAUAUAAUUGUUGCUUAUAUUCCAGGAUGCGAGAGAAAUAAUGACAUUAACAAUUUUCAUAUAGUUUAAGAAUGUUUUUAAAAGAUAUUUAAAUGUUGAUAGUAAAAUCGUUUAAAUUGAUGUUAGUUUAACAUGGAUUUUAUUUAUUGGUUGAUAAUUUAUUUCUAAUGUCCUGUAUAAAACAGCAUGCUAUGUUUAUUCAUGGAAACUUCUCUAUGAUACAGUUGUUUCUCAAAACAUGCACAUCCUUUUCUAAACUUGUUUACUGUUAUGUAUUUUCUAUACAAAUCUUUUUGUGUAUCUGAUUGAAAAUAUUAUUUUAGUGCAAUGAUAUUUUGUCUAUUGUUUAAAAUGUGAUUUAUAAAUGAAAUUUUGCUGGAAUGCACAUAUAAAUUAGGCAAUACAUCAACCUGUACAAUAUUUUUUUAUUUGAUUUUUUUUUAAUUCAUAGUAUAAGACUUCCUGUAUUUAAAUCUGCGAUUUAAAUGGCAAUAUGAUACAUGUUAACUUAUACUAUUUUUAAAAAUUUGUUCAUAUUUGUUAUAUAAAUUAAAAGUUAUUAUAUCAUUGUAGUGAUCAAUCUAAAUAAACACAUUUUCUUGAAACAC